AUGAGAACCCAAGGCAUGUUCAACAGCCAACCCCAGGGCAUUGAAAAGCCAAAGGUGCCUGGCACCAUUGAUAUGACAGUCACAGACGACAGUCAAACUGCAUACGGUCUUUCUUUGACACCGACUCCCUCUGCGGACCCGAAUGACCCGCUCAACUGGACCCCAAGAAAGAAAUACUCGAUCCUAUUCCUUGUCUCUGCGUACUCCUUUCUAGCCAACGGUGCAUUGAUCGGCCCCAGCGUCUAUGUCAACCUCCUCGCUCAGCAGUUUGGUAAAACACCCGGUGAGACAUCGCAGCUGGUGAACAAUCCAAACCUACUGUUCGGCUUCGCAGGCUCCCUCGUUUUCGUUCCUAUGUACCAGAAGAUCGGCCGCAGACCCACGAUGCUACUCUCGAUCGUUGUCUUCUGCGCUGGCCUUCUGGGCUGUGCUCUGUCCAAGUCAUACAAUGUCCUGAUGGGCUUUCGAAUGGUUCACGGUUUCGGCUCAUCAGUUUGCGAAGCAUUACCAGCGCAAGCUGUGGCCGAUGUCUUCUUCUUUCAUGAACGAGGAAAGGCACUCGGCUGGUAUACCUUUGCACUUGCUGCUGGGUCUCUAAGUGCUACAGCUGCCAGUUACAUGUUAUCGAGUGGAUUGUCGUACAAUCUAUUUUUCUGGAUAGAAUUUGCUCUCGGAUGUGUCCUCUUCCUCCUCACUCUCGCACUUUUCGAGGAAACAAUGUACCUUGAGGAACGCCAACCUUCUUCACCCUCCAGCCAACGGCCAAUUAACGCCGAAUCCAUCAAAGACGAACCCCAAGCAACUUCUGAAUUUAUGGAAUCCAGGCUUGAGGAGUCCGUCACAGUUCCACCAAGGAAGACCUACCUGGAGCAGUGCAAGAUCUUCGGAAAGACGGACCCCAAUAGCCCGGUCUUAAUGAUGAUGAUCCGAUCCUUUACUUACCUCAUUGUACCCCAGGUGUUCUGGGUCUGCGCUACCUAUGGGAUGGUCAUUGGGCUUGCUGGGCUCGCCUUCACUUCUACUUUCCCAACUAUUGUUGCCGCUCCUCCAUACUCAUGGCCAAUUGAGAAUACCGGCCUCGUGGCAAUAUCGGCAUUCAUUGGCUAUUUGCUAGCAGCAGGACCCUUUAGUACCGUCCCGGAUCGAGUAUCCGCUUGGCUUGCCCGCAGGAAUAACAACAUUCACGAAGCCGAAUACCGCCUUUGGUGUCUGGUGGUUGUCUUUUUCAUCGCUCCAGCAGCACUUAUUCUAUAUGGAUAUGGUGCAGGGAAUCACUUGCAUUGGUUCGCACUCGUAUUCGCUGUGGGCAUGUUCCAAUUCGGAUCUUUCUUCUAUCUCACUUACACGCUCGCAUAUGCGAUGGAUUCUUAUGAGGCCAAGAUGCCUGAGAUGCUGAUUGCGAUGAACAUUGGCAAAAUGUCAAUUUCUUUUGCCUUUGGUUACAAAGUGAUCGACUGGGUCCAGGCCGAUGGCUAUAUCACGGUCUUUGCAGGCAUCUUUUGUGGCGCACUAACUAUUAAUAAUCUGUUCGUCUUUGUGUUCCUGAUUUUCGGAAAAUGGUUCCGACGAUGGCUCAGCACCACUGCUCUUUCGAAGAUGCACAGGGAGAGCCUGGGUUAA